AUGGCUACAAUAAUUUGGAUGGGAGUAUGUGAUCCUUGCUAAGACAUAGCAAAGAAACCAUUAUGCUGUAUCUGUGGAUAGAAAGGUUUACUAAAACGACUCUCCGAUUAAAGUGGAGUAUACGUGCAUGUGUCCUGUGCAAUUUUCGCACCGCAUAUCCAGGUGAUCAAUUAUCAUACAAUGACCUUUGCUACCAAAAGUUAAAUAGACAAAAAAACUAAGGAGAAAUGCUCCAAUUGUGGAAAAAGUGGAGCAAAUAUCCAAUGCCUAGAUUGUCAAGCUUAUGCCCAUCCUCAUUGCAUUUUUGUAGAAUAAGUGGAGAAGGCCUAAGAAGACAUAGAAACAGAAUAGUGGAUCUUCCAUUUAAAGUUUUAAGCAAACAAUUAAGAUCCAAAUCAAUUGGAUGUGGAGUCAGGUGAAAUUAAAUGUGAGUUAAAAGAGAUUCAGGAUGCCUUUUGCAAUGCCCUUGACAAGUUUUAGGACAAAUCCAAGAAAAGAGGAAACCAGACACAAUAAUACAAGGAACAUGUAAAAAACAUUUUGGAAUCUAUUUUUGAUAAUUACACACUACAACAAUGCAAUCAACAAUGGUCAGCAUAGAAUAAGAUAGAGAGUUAUUGUUAAGUGCAUAUGGAAAGUCAUCGAUUAUUUUGUAUAUGUCGUAAAUCUUUGAAUAAUAAGCAAAUGGUGUAAUGUGAUCAUUGUUAUGAAUGGUAUCAUUUCGGAUGUAUUAAACGUAAGAAUGUAAAAGAUGACAGCUACAUCUGUGAAGCAUGUAAAGGAUGGAGUGCUAAGAGAACUAAGAUAGAUUUGGAAGAUCCCAAAUUACUAAACUUUGAAGAUUUGGUUGUUCCUAAGAGUGUCUACAUAUUACACUUGAUCGACUUGCUCCCCUUGUUAUUAUACAUUGAGUCAAUCAUGAAGAGAUUGCCGUCCAUUCCUUUAGAUGAGAAUGACUAUAGAAAUAUCAAAUUUUACAAACUCUUCUUGGCCUCAUUACCCAUCAAACCUUCCACUGUUAUCCAAUUAGACAAGAUUUUAUUGAAGGAAAAACUACAGGAAGAAUUAAAAUAGAAAAUGCACUCUAUCAUACCCACCUAACUUGAAUAGAGUGAGCAAUUUGCAGAAGAAUUAGUUAAAUCUUUUAAAAUUCAAAGGCUACUACUUUGA